CAUCUCCUCCUUCCCGACCCCCAGCGCAAUUUCUGCCCGGAAUUCCGAGCCUAUUGCCGGCGCGCGGGGGUUCGGAGGCGGCGGGGGACUCGCUGGCGCCCCAGAGCGAGCCGGUCACCAGGUUUCAAGAUGCUGCGAGUGCCUAGGACCAAACUGGGAAGACUGGGGGUCAGCCUCUCCAAAGGUCUUCACCACAAACCUGUGGUAGCCCUCAGGCGGGAGGAUGUGAAUGCCUGGGAGAGAAGGGCCCCUCUGGCUCCCAAGCACAUCAAAGGGAUCACCAGUCUGGGGUACAAGGUCCUGAUACAGCCUUCAAAUCGGCGGGCCAUUCAUGAUAAGGAAUAUGUUAAAGCUGGUGGCAUUCUUCAGGAGGAUAUUUCUGAGGCUUGUUUAAUUUUGGGAGUUAAAAGACCUGCAGAGGAAAAAUUAAUGUCCAAGAAGACUUAUGCAUUCUUUUCCCACACAAUAAAAGCUCAGGAGGCCAAUAUGGGAUUGUUGGAUGAGAUUCUAAAACAGGAAAUUCGACUUAUUGAUUAUGAGAAAAUGGUGGAUCACAGAGGAACACGGGUGGUGGCAUUUGGACAGUGGGCAGGCGUGGCAGGGAUGAUCAACAUUUUACAUGGAAUGGGUUUAAGGCUCCUUGCUUUGGGACAUCACACACCUUUUAUGCACAUUGGCAUGGCCCAUAACUACAGGAACAGCAGUCAGGCUGUGCAAGCCGUCCGUGACGCUGGCUAUGAAAUAUCUCUGGGGUUGAUGCCAAAGUCUAUAGGGCCCUUAACAUUUGUGUUCACGGGGACUGGUAAUGUAUCCAAGGGAGCCCAGGAAAUCUUUAAUGAGCUACCCUGUGAGUAUGUAGAGCCCCAUGAAUUAAAAGAAGUUUCCCAAACUGGAGACCUCAGAAAAGUAUAUGGGACAGUGUUAAGUCGCCAUCACCAUCUUGUCAGAAAAACAGAUGGCAUUUACGAUCCUGUGGAAUAUGACAAAUAUCCUGAGCGCUACAUAAGUCGUUUUAAUACUGAUAUUGCACCCUAUACAACUUGUUUAAUUAAUGGAAUCUACUGGGAACAAAACACCCCUCGCCUACUAACCCGCCAAGAUGCUCAGAGUCUCCUGGCUCCAAGCAAGUCCUCAGUUGCUGGUGUUGAAGGCUGCCCCACUUUACCACACAAACUUGUGGCAAUAUGUGACAUUUCAGCUGACACGGGAGGAUCUAUAGAGUUCAUGACUGAGUGUACAACAAUAGAGCGUCCCUUCUGCAUGUAUGAUGCAGACCAGCAUAUCAUUCACGACAGUGUUGAAGGCUCUGGGAUUCUGAUGUGUUCCAUUGACAAUCUGCCGGCGCAGCUUCCAAUUGAAGCUACAGAGUACUUUGGAGACAUGCUUUACCCUUACGUUGAAGAAAUGAUAUUAUCAGAUGCAACACAGCCUCUUGAAAGUCAAAAUUUUUCUCCUGUGGUGCGAGAUGCAGUGAUUACAUCCAACGGUAGAUUGCCUGAUAAAUAUAAAUAUAUCCAGAAACUCCGGGAGAACAGGGAACAUACUGGGUCACUUUCAAUGGGCACCAAGAAAAAGGUCUUGAUUCUUGGAUCUGGCUACGUGUCUGAGCCUGUAUUAGAAUACUUGUCAAGAGACGGCAAUAUAGAAAUAACAGUAGGCUCUGACAUGAAGAAUCAAAUUGAACAGUUAGGCAAAAAAUAUAAUAUUAAUCCCAUUAGCAUGGACAUUGUUAAACAAGAAGAGAAGUUGGGUGUCUUGGUGGCAACACAGGAUCUUGUCAUCAGCUUGUUGCCUUAUGUAUUGCAUCCCCUUGUGGCUAAGGCAUGCAUCACCAGCAAAGUUAACAUGGUCACUGCAAGCUACAUAACACCAGCGCUGAAAGAAUUGGAAAAGAGUGUGGAAGAUGCUGGCAUCACAAUUAUUGGUGAAUUGGGAUUGGAUCCUGGUCUUGAUCAUAUGCUGGCAAUGGAAACAAUAGAUAAGGCCAAAGAAGUGGGAGCCACGAUUGAAUCUUUUAUUUCUUACUGCGGUGGGCUUCCAGCCCCUGAACAUUCAGACAAUCCUUUGAGAUAUAAAUUUAGCUGGAGUCCAGUGGGAGUUUUGAUGAACGUAAUGCAGCCUGCCACCUAUCUGCUCGAUGGAAAGGUUGUGAAUGUUGCAGGGGGAGUCUCCUUUCUCGAUGCAGUUACGCCCAUGGAUUAUUUCCCAGGAUUAAAUUUGGAAGGCUAUCCUAAUAGAGACAGCACAAAAUAUGCUGAGAUUUAUGGCAUUCUGUCUGCUCACACUUUGUUGCGGGGGACACUGAGAUAUAAGGGAUAUGCCAAAGCUUUAAAUGGAUUUGUAAAAUUGGGUCUGAUAAACAGAGAAGCAUUUCCUGCCCUUCAGCCUGAGGCCAGCCCACUCACAUGGAAAGAACUCCUCUGUGACCUAGUUGAGAUUUCACGUUCCUCCAAGCAUGAUGUGCUUAAGGAAGUUGUCCUUAAGAAACUAGGAGGGGACAGUACCCAGCUGGAGGCCGCUGAAUGGUUGGGCUUACUUGGGGAUGAACAAGUCCCUCAGGCAGAGUCCAUCGUAGAUGCACUCUCUAAGCAUUUGGCCAUAAAACUUUCCUACGGCCCUGAAGAAAAAGAUAUGAUUAUAAUGAGAGACAACUUUGGAAUCAGACAUCUUUCUGGACAUUUAGAAAAUAAAACUAUUGAUCUUGUGGUUUAUGGGGAUGUCAAUGGCUUUUCAGCCAUGUCUAAAACUGUCGGGUUACCCACCGCCAUGGCAGCCAAAAUGUUGCUUGACGGUGAAAUUGAAGCCAAAGGUCUGAUGGGGCCCUUUUCGAAGGAGAUCUAUGGACCAAUACUGGAGCGAAUUAAAGCAGAAGGCAUCAUAUAUACUACACAGAGCACAAUUAAACCAUAAUUGGAAAUUAUAUUUUGUUAUUAUCUUCCCAGGCAACAGAACUCUGAAUAUUUGUGUGGCAAACAUGCUUGCUAAUGUGCUAUUUUAAAGUACAUGAUAUGUUUUGAGUAAGACAAUGGUGUUUUUGAAAUAUGUCUCUAUCUUAAUAUAAAAAUUUUGGAAUCUGAGAUGCCAGUCAUUACCCAAAACUUUAAUAAUUCUACCAGGUAUUUUUUUCAUAUGUAAAAGUGGUAAUUGAUAGUGCUAUUUGUUAAGUUAUUGUGCCACUUUUUU